GAGCCCGUGAGUCGCCUGGACAUCGAGGAGAGGAGGCUGCGCGAGCUGCGCGAGGCGGGGCUGGAGGUGGAGGAGGCCGAGGAGGUGCUGCAGGAGGAGGCCGUGGCGCCGCCGCGCGCCUUCACGCUGGUGUGCAUGAAGGGCCCCCCCGCCCCCCUCGACGACUCCCAGGAGAAAAUGCAGUUCCUCGGGAGGAUCGGGCUGACCACCCACGCCCACGCGCAGGAGGCCGAGCUCUCCCACUGCGAGCGGCGCGCUCGCGUGCUCAGCGCCCUGGAGCCGUCGUCGGUCCCGUCGUCGCCGAAGAGCACCGAGUCCUUCUCGGAGGAGCUGGUCCCCCUGCUGGCGCCCGGGCACAGCCUCCCCGCGGUCGUCACCUCGCCGGAGGAGCUGUGCCUGGCGCACGAGUACCCGCACAAGGCGCGUUUCCUGCACCACCUGGGCCUCCAGCCGCAGCAUUCCCUGCACCGCCAGCAAGAAGUGGAAGCCGUGUGGCAGAUGGUCGUUCAGGAGCGGCUGCGUCGGUACCGCCAGGAGAGCAGCGACCCCCUGGCCGUGAAGGUGUGCGAGGCCCUGGAGCAGCUCUUGGCAGCGAACAUCCACCACCAGCCGCCGCAGCCUGCCAACAGCUCCCUGUCAGUUCCUCUCCUAAAGGACACGGCCAUCACGACCACGGCCGCCACCACGACCGCGGUGGUGACGACGGCGGUGUCCAGCGCGCCCAUUGUCACGAGUGUGCCGCCGACGGUUGUGGUCUCGAGCAGCACUGCACCUUACAGCACAAACACCACCAACUUCUCGACCAAAGCUUUGACGGCUAGCAGAUGUAGUGGCAAGGCGCCCGUCAAGGACGCCGUUUUCAUCACUGCCGGACUGCCUGAGGAAGACCCAUUGCUGGCCGGCCUUCAGGGGGUGGACACCGUCAUCGAGCACUUCAUUAAAAAUGCACAAGCACAAGGAGGCAGUAACAAUUCAGCUCUCCUAGAACACAUAGAAGAAGUGCGCAGAAGCCAGCUCGCAGUGUGCCAGACAGCCCAGCUGGUGCAGGAACAGGUUGCCCAACUUGUUGCAUCUCGUGCUCAGCUCGAGGCCCACAGAUCGUCACUGCACCAUCACCUGGCAGCUAUAACAUCCCUCAUAGCUAACAGUACCAAUCAUUCAACUACAACUACCACAGCUGCUUCAACUACUGGUACAGGUACCAUGCCUAAUGGUACAUCAGUAUUUGUCUCAGCUCCUGUAACUACCUCUACGCAGGGUGUAAGCAGUAGUAAUCACAACAUUGCACAGGGAAGCUCUACCACGAGUACCAAUACCACAUCCACAAAUACCAGUCCAGGGCACAGUCACCCCCUUCCACUCACCACGACGACCCCCACGCUGAUAGGCAGCCACCCUGUCGCAGCGGUUAUCAACAGGAGCUUGCAGUCUCUUGUGCCAACAGCCUCCGUCAUGUCCUGGGGUGGAUUAUCUUCUCCUUUCCUUAGUAGUACAAACAUUGCUUUCUCAUUAGAGAGUAAAGAUGGAGUAUUUUAUUCUCAAGUAACAAAUAAAGAAGGAAAUAAGGAUUUAAAAACGACUAUAUCUAGUGCAAAUACUUCAAAACCCAACAACAGAAUAACAGUGUCUCACGGAAAUGCCAAGACCUCCUCGAGUAAUCGUCACAGCUCCAGUAAGUGCCAUAAACAUGCUCUGACAGAAGCGACCAACGGAUCUCCAGCCAAGUUCAAUGGCAUCCCGACCAAUCUUCCAAAGCACAUCUUCAAGCCCCUGCAGCUUAGCGGGCCAAAUACCAGUGCUAACGCGGCCAAAAAGACCACGAAGACGGUCAGCUAUACCCAGGCCCCCAGCGUCACGGGAGGCCUUCCGCACCCGUCUGUGGCGCUCGUAGCACCCAGCACAACAGUGACGAGCCAGAACGGGUUGAUGCCUCUGCCGCUCAUCCACAACUCCACCAGUAAGCAUGGCAGAACCAACAAACCUCAGAUUGGCUUCACACCAUACUCCAAAACCUCUCCUACCAAAGUACCACAAUCAUGGGUGUCAAAUUGAAAUUAUGUAUUGUACUGUAUUCAAAUCUCUAUUAAUAUAUAACCUAAAAAGCCUGUUUCAGCCACAGGUCUCUGUUACAGAGUUUAAUUGAACCAUGUGAAUAUUUGCCUAGAGAUGGUUCCUCAAACAGUAUUCCAUGUUUUUAGCUCUGCCAAAGAUUUUUCUUCACCGUUCGUGUGAGGAUUUGAGCUGUUGGUAUGGGAUGUAUGCUUGUGAUGGUUGUAGCAUAAAUGAAUGGAUCUCACUAGUCAGGUAUAUUCCUAUUUUAGACCCCAUGGAGAUCUAGGAAUAGAAAACAUUUUUCAGCACUGAAGACAUGUGGAUAGUUUACAUUUCAUUACACCUGAUUUCUUCUGGAAACUGAAACUCACCCUGGAAAAGAUCUUCAAAAUAUGUUGUUAAGAAGGGAAGCUUUUGUAACAUUGUAGCGAGACUGCAAGGUAAAAGAUGAGUAAAUGUUAAGCUGGUCUUUUAUAUAAUCCAGCCCGAUUUCUAUUGAUUUGGGUCGUUGGGCCCUGUAUGGUGGUGUAAAAGAUCCUGGUGAGUGCGCGUGAUGUGUGCCUCUCAUGAGUCAGUCCCAUGUCUGUUUCAUGAGUCAUCUUGUUUUAUGUCUAAUGAGUCAUCCCAUUUUCUUUAUCUCCUAUGGAAGUACUGUGAUGUCUGAAUCAGUAGCUUGAAUGUAGAUAAUGGCAGCCUAAUAUUUGCUAUAAUGAAUUCAGAUGUGGAUGCCAAAUUGCUGCCAUCACAAUUGUGUACUGACAGACCAAAUAUAUCACAUUUGUAUUUAUAAACCAAAUAAAAAAGGAAACACAAA